GUGGAAAUUUCAGCUGCUGGCUGCAAACAGUGCGAUCUAUUUAGUUCAGACUUCGGUUUAGAUUUAAGAACUCGUAAAUUUAUUUCUUGUUUUAAUUUUUUUUACUUUCAUUUUUUUCAAUAAUUAUUUACGAUAUUAAUAUCUAAAAUUAAUAAUUAAAUAUGUGGCUACUAACUAAUAUGUCUAGUUAAAUAUUUUAUUUCGACAUUUUUAAAUCGUCAUUUUUUAAUCUACAUUUUAUACUUUGAACAAUGACUGAAAAGGAUUUGAACAAAUUUCAAUUUCUCCGAUUGCUUAGUCUUCAAGCAAUUACACCGUCUCCACCUAACGAUACGCUAAAGAUUUGUUUUGCUUCAACAAACCCAUUCGUAGAUCUUUCGGACAAAAACAAUAGCAUUAAGACUGGAUAUGAAGAUUUUCAAAUUACAAAGGGUUCUUUAAAGCUAUACCCGGUUAGAGACUUUGAUUUUAUUGGUAAACAUGUAGUUUGCCAAAAGUGUUGCCAAAAGUUUGCUUCUAAACUGUCGUACCGAGCUCACGUCAACACGGAUAUAUGUACAAGGACAUAUAACGGGCCCAAUCUUAUAUAUUUAAAUUAUAAGUUCAAACACGGACGACAAAGACGCAAAAAGAAUUCCAAGAGCCGAUUUUUGGAAGAGUUAAACGGUCACCAUUUAAAAAAGAACCUAUUGAAUCCAGAAAUGUUGAACACCUUACAAACUCGCAACAAUUGCUACUCUGAUAUAGUCCCAACUCGUGUAAAAGGUAAACAUAAGAUUACUACAACAACGAAUACAACUCCGACCACGACUAUGAAUACAAGUGAACCACCUAUGAAAAAACCAAGGGGUAGACCUAGGAAAAUAGUCGAAGAAAAAUUGGUCAGAAAGAGAGGGAGACCUAAAAAAAUUAUUCAAACGGAAAAUUCUAAUUCGAGUAAUGUUAACGUGAACACGACUAGCAUGAAAACCGAAGUAUCGACUGCUGAUGACGCGUACAAUAAUAAUAUUAACAUGUCUAAGAAACAAUUAUCGAAUAAAUUCAAAAUUGUCGCCAAUAAAUUUUGGUCGUUGGUUGGCAAAGAGUUAAGAAUAGACAAUGAUAUAGGCGGGCACCAAUGGAUCGACGGGUAUUUGAACGUAAGUCAAUGCGACAAAAAAGAAAAAGUGUACGUCAGUCCACCAAAAGAAAAAAACUUACUCGCCAGCAUUGAUCAAUUGGAAAAUGAAAUCAAUCAGCUUAUAAAACAAGUAAAAAAUGUAGACGAACCGGGGCUUAAAGGUAAACUGGAUUUAAUGCUUAAAAAAAUCAAUGAAUCAAGAAAUAAUAAAAAAGAAGUGGCUGAAAUAAGUAACGGAUUGGUCAUGAAUAAAGGUAAGGAAAAUAUUCAUCACAAACACAGGGUAAAAGAAGAAAUGACUGAAACAAAUAGAAAUCUAGAGCUAUGGAAAAAUGAAAAAACAAGUGGUAUAGAAACAAUAACAUUGAGCGACGAACCAGAAUUGUUCGACCAAACAAACGGUAAAAACGAUUCCAACAAUUAUAGUCCAGAUGUUACAGUAAAACAAGAAACGGUUACAAGCAAUCACGUCGUCGUGAAUAGUAAGAACAAUAUUGUUAAUAUCAAAUAUGUUAAAAAUUCUAAACUAGAGUGUAAAACUUGUUGUAAGGUGUUUGCAUCAAUUGCUGAAUGGAAGAUGCACCGUACUGAACACGUAGGAAUGAUUAACCAACAAUUUCUAUGCAAAAUAUGUGGUCUGAAAUUUAAAAUGCAAAAAAAUUUCUCCAAGCAUCUCAUCAUCCACGAAAAGAUGGAACGUAAAAGUUUAAAUAGUAAUUCUAAACAUAGCGAUUCGAAAAACUUCAAGUGCAAAAUGUGUAACCGACAGUUCAAUUAUUUGCGAUCGUAUUACACUCAUAUCAAAAAUCAUAACAAAUAAGUUGUUAUAAAAAAAAAUUUAUACAUAUAUACUGAAUCUGAUAAUAUUUAUCUUUUUUUUUUUUCUUGCAUUUUGUAUUUUUUACAAUUGUAACUAUAAUUUGCAAGAAAAUUAAUUGUUAACCGCGUUCAACAUUUUUUUUUUUAUUAUUUGUACAUUAAUGUAAAAAGAUAUUAUCAUUUCCAUAAUUUUUUAAAGACUUUAAAAUUUUAAUGUUGUUUACAUUGAAAAUUAUGAUUGCAUCACAUUUAUGAAUUGACCAUAAUUGUAUAUAAAACAAAUAUCAAGCGUUAUACCAAUUUCUAAUGUUUACUUUU